AUGCUCGCGAAAGAGGCCAAAUUCUUGUUUGGAGGCUUAGUGGCACCAUGGGCUGAACUGAAAGAUCUUUUGGCGCGUUUCAUUGUUGCAACAGGCUCACAUCUGUCUCGAACACGAACCCUAGCCGAUCGCAUUGCGUUCAGAGUCGAUACGUUGACACCACGAGCCUCCAAGCUGCAGGCACGUGCGACAAAACUGAGAACAAGGCAGGAACGUGGCGCGCAAGAUCAGCGCAAGGUUGAGCACGAUGCCUCGAUUGACAGCAGCGCACUUACAACAAGAAGUAAGACGGUAUCGGCCGACGAACUGGAGACCAUCGCCUCUUCAUCAAUACUUCGUGCGACCAAAGCGAACGAACACGUUCGCCGACUUCUUGAGCAUGCCGAUCUGCUGGAAACGGUGAAGUCGCAUUUGCAACAGGCAGGCUUCAUUCUCGUAAGCAAGACUGAGCAGCACAAACGAGGAGCACUGUCCCACAUCAUGUCGCACAUCCAUACUUUCCGAUGUUCCGACAGCAAACAUCUGGUUUAUGCUUUUCUUGGGCUAGUCGACGACUACCACACCCCGAACUACAUGCCCCAUGUGACUUUCGAUGCUGUUAUGCAAGACAUGACCCUGAAAGUCAUCGAGAAAGAGCAGGAUCUUAAUAUACUAAUGCAAGCCAUCGCGAAGAACGACCUGGGUGACAACGUGCAUGGCUAUCGCCAUAACGAAGCGCACAACCGGCAUCUGCAAAGGUAUGCUGCCUCCUUGAACUUGAAGACAUCGAAAAUUUCGAAGACAGCGACAAGAUUCAUGGGCCGCUUCGCAUAUGUGACGGGUCUUUACGUCGGUGACGUGGCUUCGCACAACUUGCGACUGGCGGGUACUGGACCAACGCAUCAUCUCCAACAAAGUCCUGGAGUCCAGAUCGUGCCCGAGUCGUGUUACGCUCAGCGCUGCAACGACUCUCGAACUCAGAAGCUAUCCACAGAAGUAGAUCAAGUGUGGAUCCUGAUUGGUCUGAAACUCCCCGUCAUCGUUAGGAACUCGACCGAAUUCAUCUGCCAUGUCACACUUUGGGAGAAUGCGCUGCCCUCGCAAAUGAUGUCAGGUACUGUAGUCAAUGCGUACCUAGUUGGCAGAGUGUCGCCCGAGCGGCUAAUGUUGACGAAUCUGAUAGAGGAACUCGUCUGGCGGUGGCGCCACAAUUGGCAGCUCAAUGGCUAUGCGGAGAUCAGAUCGCCGGUUACAUUCUCACACUGUCGCUAUGCCUACCUUCGCUGCGAUCGUAUACUUCCAGCCUGCGGUAAUUGCGCAAGCUCAAGACCAGUUGCUGACUGUGUCUAUGAGGUGGCUACAGAUUGGACUGCCCUGCCAGUGGGACCAGAACUUGGCUACUAUGAAGGGUUUCGCGAAUACUAG